AUGUUCCGCAACCAGUAUGACACGGACGUGACGGUGUGGAGUCCUCAAGGUCACCUGCACCAAAUUGACUAUGCAAUGGAAGCUGUUAAGCAGGGCAGUGCAUGUCUAGGGAUCACGUCUAGCAAAUUUGCAGUACUCUGUGGCAUCAAGCGACAAAGGCUUACAGCUGAUGCGCGUACACUUGCGAGAUAUAUGCGCACAGAAAGUCUAAACCACAAAUUUGUCUACGGCAGCGCAAUCACUGUGGGGCGUUUGGUUUCGGACGUGGCUGACAAAAAACAAGAGUGCACACAGUCGUACAUUCGCCGUCCUUACGGCGUAGGACUUCUAGUUGCCGGUGUUGAUAAAAAAGGUGUACAUUUGUACCAGACGUGUCCAUCCGGUAAUUACUACGAAUAUAGGGGCAUUGCCAUUGGUGCGCGUUCACAGUCAGCACGCACGUACUUUGAAAAGCACUUCGAGAGCUUCCCGGACUUGAGCAAGGACGAGCUUAUUCACCAUGCUUUGCAAGGAGCGCGCGGCUGCCUUCAGGGUGAUCAGGAGUUAAGCAUCAAAAAUAUAUCGAUCGCUGUGGUGGGUGUUGACCAACCUUUUACUAUCAUCGAGGGCACCGAACUGCAGCCUUACAUUGAUGCUGUUGAAGUGGCUGAUGUGAAGGAGGACGAGGAUGGCGACACAAAGAUGGAAGAGUAG